AUGUUCUUUCAUACGACCUCUGCCAUUCUUUUUGCAAUUCUCCUGUCUGGUGCCGAUGCUGUACCGCUGGCCAUCCGGGACAGUUCUCCCUCGGAUGCAGACCUAUUUGCUUCGUGCCCAGGUGGAGUUGGCUCUCAUAAUAUUGAGAAGGCAGAUCGAUGUACCCUGCUCACCCCAACCACAAACCCCGACAAACGGAUCUUCACUGUCGUGGGCAACCCCGAACAAAACUGUGAUGGGGGUACGAACCCUGUAACCGUGACAAUCGGUGGAAGCACGACUGUCUCGACGACGAAUACUGUCGACGGAGGCGCAGGCAUCAACAUCGAUGGUAUCAAAAUUGGUGGUGGCUUCAGCAACACGAAGACAACGACAACAACCAUGUCUAAUUCAACUACAUUCAGUGUCCCUCCCGGGCGGCAAGUCGUGCAGGUUGUCGGAGUCAAUCACCACUCUCAAACGGGCCGAGUCCAGGUCAAUUUUGGGGAUCGCGUUGACGGUCACUUUAUCUGGUUCACCCAAGCGUCUGUGACCCAACUGACGCCCGACCCGUCUGACAUGUUCUUUGACAUUCACGAAAGCGCUUGCGGUGCAGACCCUCGCGACCUCAGCAGCCUAAACCACUGA